AUGCUGCUUCUAGCUUCAGCUUUUUUCCUAAUAUUACUGCAGUGCUCUAAUGCCCAAAACAAAACAAUUACACCUGCAGACUGUAAUACCAUUGAAACAGAUGCAGGAGUGGCCCUGGAUUUGGUCAACAGACAUCGCAGAAGUGGCUAUGUUUUUGGGUUAUUCCGCGUUACUGAUGCACAUGAACUACACAUAGGAAAUUCAUCUUACCUCUACUUAAUUUUGGAUGUGCUGGAAACUGAAUGCCCUGUAUUAUCCAGAAGACACUGGGCAUCCUGUGAAUACAGUGACACAUAUUUCAUGGACUUUGGCCAGUGUAAGAUUAUCAUGCAUACAAACCAUCUGCUGGAGAAACCUCAACUAUAUGGAUUCAAUUGUACAUUAAGUCCAGUUCCGCCAGAUUUAUUAGAGUGCAAAGAUUGUCCUGUGAAAGUUGAAAUCUUGGAAGUCACUGAGCAACAUAAAAAUAUUGCUGCGAAGGCCCUGGAGAAAUUCAACAAUGAGGGUAACCACACAAACUACUUUGGCGUGGACAAAGUUGAAAAGAUUUUAAAGAUGAUUGGCUCCCGUGAAGGUCACAUUUUAGGAUUUUCUAUAAAAGAAACCAACUGUUCCAAAUCUGCACGACAAGCUGAUCAGGCAUUGGAAUGUGAUUUUCUUGAUGACUGGCACACUCAUGUGGGAUUCUGCAAGGCAAGAAUUAUCAGCGGUUCAGAUGAACCUGAUGGAACAGAUAUAAGCUGUGAAAUCUACCAUUCCUGGAAGCAUGGCUAUGGGAAGAGAUGCAGAUAUUCAGCUCUGGGACAACCGCACAGACAUCCCCAUCAUCAUUUUGGUCACAGACAUCAUCACAGACAUCAUCACAGGCAUGGAUGUCCACCCUCUUCUCAGCCCAGAUCUGAAGACCCUGAGCAUGACCAUAGUUUCAAUGAAGAACAUCAAGACAGCCAUGAAGAACCUGCUCCUCCUCCCCCCCAUGAUGGAUCACAUCACCAGCUUCACCCUCCACACCACUGUCCUCCACCUCCUCCCCAUGGUGGACCACAUCAUCCCCCUCCUCCUCACCAUGAUGGACCACAUCCUCCUCCCCAAGAAGAAUCACGACAUUCCCCUUCUGCUCCUCCUCCUGACGAUGCACCACAUCCUCCUCCUCCUGGUCCCCAUCAUGGACCACACUGUCCUCCCCCUCCUCAUGGACCACAUCACCACCAUCCUCCUCCUCAUCAUGGACCACACUGUCCUCCCCCUCCUCACGGACCACAUCACCACCAUCCUCCUCCCCAUCAUGGACCACACUGUCCUCCCCCUCCUCAUGGACCACACUGUCCUCCCCCCCAUCAUGGACCACAUUACCACCAUCCUCCUCCUCCCCAUCAUGGACCACAUCACCCUCCCCAUUUCCAUUAUCACCGUUAUAGACAUCACCGCAACAAGACAAACGUGUCAGGAAAGUAUAUUCCAUUCCAAAUAACAGAAGCUCUCUAUCGCAUUCCAGUUCUAAAUCAGCAGGAUUCUCUCACACCUCCCACUGCAAACUUUCUUAAUCUACUCCAAAGCAACACUCAUUCUGGUGAAGGUUUUCCCUUCACUGGCUCAAGUCUCAAGGAGAUGCCAGAAGCUCCAGGUUUUCUAGAUCAACUUACACAAUCAAAGUCAUGCCCAGGAAUGCCCAAACUUGUUCUUCCAAAAAUUUUGCCUUUAUUUCCACAUAGCUCCAUAGCAGAAAAAUCUUGA